AUGUCAGCUCCACCAUUCCGCUUCCUCGAUCUCCCGGCUGAGCUGCGCUGCAUGGUCUACGAAGCCCUCGAUGUAGCGACAAGAAAAGAAAAGUACAACCCCACGAGAAAGCACGAGCCUCCGUACGUCCAGAUCGAACAAGAUGAUAGCUGGCCACAAGGCAAUGGUAAACUUGUUAUGUACCGACGCGCUCUGCCAAUGUCAAUCCUGGCAACCUGCCGCCUCGUCAACAAAGAAGCUGCACCUAUCAUUGCCCAGAAACUCCAGAAAAUGGUGAAGGAGCCAGUACGUUUUCGCAUGAACUGGAAAGCUGCCAAUUGGGUUCAGAACGACCCAGAUUCCUGCCUCACCAAUUCACCUGAACAAGCGCUCGCUGGUGCCAGAUCUUCCGAUUCCAUCUCGCGAUUCGUCUCCACCUGCAACUCGUACCUUGCGGGAGUCGGUCUUUCACGCCUUGUCGGAACUUCUACUGCUGAUGUUGAAGCCACCAUUGCGAGUUCCGAACUGGAUUAUCGCAGCUUGGGGUGGAGCUGGGCUCUUACCUGUGGUUUUUUUGAGGGUCUGUGCCAGGUAUACUGUGUUCGUUCUAAUGGAACGUUUUGGAAGCAACAUGCUGGCGUCGAUCUUCGCAUCGAUGCGAUAAUCAGCCCACAACCGAAGAAGGGUUUCCGAUUAGACAACUGGAGGAUCGUCGCAUCGACAGGACAGUUAUCGGGUCACCAGAGUUAUGUGGCUCACAUGCUGUCUAAGGACGAUUGGGAAGCGCGCGUGCAGAUGUUGAAGGAACUCUGA